CUUAGAUGGUAUUUCCCUGGGAUAGUCAAUUUCCCUACUGGUGGCUGCGACGUAGCUUGGAGGUGGGCGCACUACAGCCUCGCGGAAGAUCCUCUUGGCCGCGGCACCGCGGCGGAUAUGGUUGUUGCCAAAUUCUGGAAAUACUUCAAGAGGGCCGAGGGCAAGGAGAAUGCGUGCGAUGAUGUCCUACACCAGCUUGCAAGGAAGAGGGUGACUGGCAUGCACUACGAGGCACGUAUUCAAUGCGUCCGCGACUGGCACGCCGACCGCUUCGUCCACAUGAGUAAGGAGGACGCUCGCGACACGCUCAUGCAGCCGUGGCAGUACUUGCAGAACCCUCCUCAGUACGUCGGCAACGACGAUAGGUGCUUUCGUGCGAUGGUCAUGUGGUGGACAUGCCCCCAGUACCUCAAGAAGCACGAGGAGGGCAAGAAGAAGCGGACAGAGAUGCGAGGUGGAUCGCAUAUCCAAGGCAGCAUCCCCAUCUCUCUUCACCUGCAGAAUGAGGUGAGCAAAUUAAUGGUUCCUUCAUUCUUUGAAUUCAUGUUAUAUAUUUGCUAACUCUGCAAGGGUGUGCCACUUCACUUUAUUACAUGUUCUCUUUUGCAGGAAGUCAGGACAGGAGCGAAGCCUAACGUCUUUGCCGUGCUAAAGAAGAUGAAGCAAAGGAAGACGCCUGAUCCUGAGACGGGGUCC